AUGCCUACCAGAGCAGACAUCACAUAUUUCGGCGCGGGCCCGGCCGCACUACCCACCGAUGUUCUCGAAAAGGCCGCCCAGGCCCUCCUCGACUUCAACGGCACGGGGCUUGGUAUAGCCGAGCACAGCCAUCGCUCCGAGCACGCGACGACCAUCAUCAACGAGGCCAAGGCGGACCUGCUCGCCUACCUCGACGUGCCCGAGGCUGCCGAGUACGACGUGCUGUUCAUGCAGGGUGGAGGCACCGGCGAGUUCGCCGCCACCGUCUACAACCUCGUCGGUGCCUGGGUCGCGCGGCAGAUCAAGGCCGCGGGGCUCGAGGGCGAAAAGGAUGACGCCAAGGUCGCCGAGGCCCUGAGGCCCAAGCUCCAGGACCUCAAGCUCGACUACAUAGUCACCGGCGGCUGGUCGCUCAAGGCGUACCAGGAGGCCCAGAGGCUCGUCGGUCCAGAGCACGUCAACCUCGUCGCGGAUUCGCGUCCCGCCAACGGGGGCAAGUUUGGUACCAUCCCUCCAGAGUCCGAAUGGAAGCUGUCCAAGAACGCUGCCAUGGUGUACUACUGCGACAAUGAGACCGUGGAUGGUGUCGAGUUCCCCAAAUUCCCAGAAAUUCUCGCACCUUCAGGUGGGGAAGGCCCCCUGGUUGUGGCAGACAUGUCCAGCAACAUCCUGUCGAGGCGCAUUCCGGUCAAGAACUACGGCGUGCUCUUCUUUGGCGCACAGAAGAACUUGGGCUCGACAGGUGUUACUGUGGCGGUCGUGAAGAAGAGCCUACUGCCCCCGACGACACCACAGCCCUCAGCCACACUACUCAGAAAGCUCGGGCUGCCCGUUGGCCCUAUCGUACUCUCCUAUGAGACCAUUGCAAAGAACAAUAGUCUAUACAACACACUGAGCAUAUUCGAUGUUUACAUCGCGGGGUUGGUACUCAAGAAGCUGCUCGCGACCUACCCCGCGGACAAGGUUGACGGCCAGCAGGCCGUGGCGGACAAGAAGGCCAAGCUCAUCUAUGCUGCGCUGGACGCACACCCAGAGGUUUUCCGGGUGGUCCCGGCGCAGAGUGCCCGCUCAAGGAUGAACAUCUGUUUCCGUGUGACCAAGGGAGGCGAGGCCAACACAGAUGCGGCCGAGAAGGAAUUCUUGAAGCAAGCGACCGCGCUGAACUUGACUGGACUCAAGGGUCAUCGUAGCGUAGGGGGCAUCCGCGCCAGCAACUACAACUCUAUCCCAUUGGAGGGCGCUGAGAAGCUGGCCAAGUUCAUCGAAAAUUUUGCUAAAGCUUAA